AUGUCUUCUAAUCAUGAACCUCCAGAAGAAAAACCUGAGAGCACUAGUAGCAGUGAUAGUGAUUUAACCUCAGUUUCUCAAUUAGAUUCUGUUAGCGAACAAUCAACUGAGAUUGAGGCGACUCUCCCUGAUAGUAAGCAACUAAAUACUGAAACCAAAACAGGUACCAUUUCUAAACUUUUAAAUGAUGAAAAAAGUGAUUGUUCAGAGAUAUCAGAUAAAGUAAAGGAGAAGCUCAUGCCAGUGCCAGAAAGUUCCUAUAGGGACUCAUCAUCCACAAGUUUAGGCAACAUACAAUUUACCACAAAGCGUCCCAGGAAAGUUGAGCCAAGUAUUAUUUCAAGCCCAGAAAUAUUGAAUACAUCAAUGAACGUUGAAACUGCAAGAUAUUCACAGCUAGAAAGUAACAAUACUACUACUCAAACAACAAAACCUACCGCUACCUAUGCCACUUCAAUUUCAAAAUUAUCCAGUGCUCAAAAUUCAACACCAAAUAUAAAAAAUAAGCCUUUAGCUAGACUAUUUUCCGAAUAUAACGACGCACAUGAAGGAGAACAGAGCAGAUUUGUUGAAAAUUAUAAAACGAUGAUACAACUUCAUUAUAAAAUGUUUGACCUUGACUAUAUAGAGUCAAAAGCAACAUUCAUGGGAACAUUAAUCCCUUCAACGAUGUUAACAAAGCAUUUUACUAAUUUAUAUGAGCAAAAGGUAACGAAAAUAAAACUUAUACCGUCUCCAUUAUUUAUUGAUUAUGAAGAAGAUUACGACAUUAAUUUUGAAAAUAUUGACAAAAGAUUUAAUCCUAUGCUAGAAAUUGGUAAGAUAAUUGAAUAUACAUACUUAAUUUUUCUUCCGGAACGAUUCAAAUCUAAUUUUGAGCGUAAUAUUAUAACACCUCUAAAUCUCUCAUAUGAUAACCUUAACAAAGAGGAUUUUAUAAGGAUUGUUAGUCUGCAUAAUGAAACCUUGAGAAAAAUUCCGAGAAAAGAAAUUUUAUCACAGCUGAAGAAUAUUAAAUCAAUACCUCAAUCAUUUAUCCAUGACUUUUUACAAUGUGUCUAUUCAAGAAUAGUUACUCCAAGGGCAAAUGAUUUAAAACAUUAUGAAGCUUUUAGCAAUAAUGUUUAUGGAGAACUGCUGCCCAAAUUCUUAUCUGAUGUAUUUAUGCAAUGCAAUUUAAAUUCAAAUUCCAUAUUCAUUGACUUGGGAUCUGGUGUCGGUAAUUGUGUAGUUCAAGCUGCUUUAGAAUAUGGCUGUAAAUUAAGUUUUGGUUGUGAAAUUAUGAAAAAUGCCAGUACAUUAACCGAGCUACAACAAGUAGAGCUAGAAAAUAGAUGUAAACUAUUUGGAAUUCGUUUACAAGCAAUUGAUUUUUCAUUAAGAACAAGCUUUGUAAAUAACGAGAAAGUUUCCACACUUUUAAAGAAGUGCGAUGUAGUACUUGUGAAUAAUUUUUUAUUCGAUUCUGACUUAAAUAAACAAGUAGAAAAUACCUUGAAAGACCUGAAAAUUGGAUGUAAGGUUAUCUCUCUAAAAAAUUUGAGGCCGUCAGGGUACACAAUAGACUUCUUUAAUAUCGAAUCAAUUUUAAACCGACUAAAAAUUGAACAAUUCAAAUUAAAUGAAGAUUGUGUUUCAUGGACACAUAAAGGAGGUGAAUAUUAUAUUUCAACUGUACUAGAAGAUUUUGAUGAGACGCUAUUUGAUCCUAGUAGAAGACAUAGAAAGACCAGACGUCCAUCUAAAUAUUCGAGAUAA